AUGAAUGUCCCUUUGUCUUCUUCAUCUACCACCGGCAAAAAACUACCAACGAUUGAGAUGUGCAUGAGAGAAUUGGAUAGAGAGAAGGCUGCACAAUACUACAAAGAUAGAGACGACGGCAGAACCAUGAUUGAUAAGUCAGGUGUUGGGCAAAUUUUCCCAGAGGCUACUGUUCAUGCCCAUGAGUUCGAGCCCUUUGGGUUUUCUAUGAACACUGUAGAAGGAUUUGCAAUUUCGACCAUUCAUGUGUCCCCACAGCCAGAAUCAAGUUAUGCUAGUUUCGAAGCAGUUGGGUAUGAUAUCAGCACAGAUGAGAAGCUGAACUUGGUGAUUGAAAGGGUCUUGAGCUGCUUCAGACCAAAGCAAUUUACUGUGGCUAUCUAA